AUGGAUUGGCUGCAGCUGUUCGUCCUCCACCCGGUCUCACUUUACCAAGGAGCUGCUUUUCCUGUUGCACUACUGUUUAAUUAUCUCUGCAUCAGGGACUCAUUUUCUGCUCGUGCCAGGUAUCUCUUCCUGCUGGCCGGAGGGGGCGCCCUGGCCGUGGCUGCCAUGGGGCCCUAUGCCAUGCUGGUCUUCACGCCCGCGGUCUGCGCCGUGGUUCUGGUCUCCUCACUCAGCCCACCGGAAGUUCACAGAUGGACUUUCCUCUUCCAGAUGGGCUGGCAGACCCUGUGCCACCUGGGGCUGCAGUACACGGAGCAUUACCUGCAGGAGCCCCCUCCCAUGAGGUUCUGCAUCGCUCUUUCGUCCCUCAUGCUCUUGACCCAGAGGGUCACGUCCCUCUCACUGGACAUUUGUGAGGGGAAAGUGGAGGCGGCCUCAGGAGGUGUCGGCAGCAGGCGCUCUCUGUCUGAGCAUCUGGGGAAAGCACUGCCCUAUCUCAGCUACUUGCUGUUUUUCCCUGCUCUCCUCGGAGGCCCUCUGUGUUCCUUCCAGAGAUUCCAGGCUCGUGUUCAAAGGCCCAGCUCUUUGGGUCCCAGGCAGUGUUUCUGGGUCCUGUCCUGGAGGGGGCUGCAGCUCCUCGGACUGGAGAGCCUAAAGGUGGCCAUGAGGGGGCUGGUGAGUACAGGGGCAGGACUGAGCCACUGCCAGCAACUCGAGUGCGUCUAUGUCAUGUGGUCCACAGCCGGGCUCUUCAAACUCACUUACUACUCCCAGUGGAUCCUGGAUGAGUCCCUCCUCCAUGCUGCAGGCUUUGGGACUGGGUUUGGCCAGAGCCCUGGUGAGGAUGGAUACAUCCCCGACGCGGACAUCUGGACACUCGAAACAACCCACAGGAUAGCCCUGUUCACAAGGAAAUGGAACCACAGCACAGCUCAGUGGCUCCGGCGGCUCAUCUUCCAGCGCCGCAGGGUCUGGCCACUGUUCCAGACCUUCGUCUUCUCUGCCUGGUGGCACGGACUCCACCCCGGACAGGUGUUUGGUUUCCUUUGCUGGGCUGUGAUGGUGGAAGCGGACUACCUGAUUCACACCUUUGCCGAUGUGUUUAUCAGGUCCUGGCCCCUGAGGCUCCUCUAUAGAACCAUCACCUGGGUCCACACUCAGCUCAUCAUAGCCUACAUAAUGGUGGCCGUGGAGGUCAGGAGCCUCUCCUCACUCUGGUUGCUGGGUAAUUCAUACAGCAGUGUCUUUCCUGCAGUGUACUGUACUUUGCUUUUUCUAUUAGCAAAGAGAAAGCACAAAUUUAACUUCUUAAAAAAAUAUUUACUUGAAAGGUAGGGUUAGUAAGAGAGAGAAAAAGAGAGAGAGAGAGAGAGAGAGAGAGAGAGAGAGAA